AUGCCCGAUCCUCCCGCAUCAAAGAGCGCUGGGCCGGCCAAGGUUCCUGCUCCCAAGAAGGGCUCCAAGAAGGCUGUGACCAAGGCUACGCGCAAGGAUGGCAAGAAGCGACGCCACCGCAGGAAGGAGAGCUACGCCAUUUACAUCUACAAGGUGAUGAAGCAGGUGCACCCCGAUACCGGCAUCUCGUCCAAGGCAAUGAGCAUCAUGAACUCGUUCGUCAACGACAUCUUCGAGCGCAUCGCUUCCGAGGCGUCCCGCCUGGCGCACUACAACAAGCGCUCCACCAUCACUUCUCGGGAGAUCCAGACCGCAGUGCGACUGCUGCUCCCCGGCGAGCUGGCCAAGCACGCCGUGUCGGAGGGCACCAAGGCCGUCACCAAGUACACAAGCUCCAAGUGA